GUAAAAAGCGUGGAAUAAUAAAAAUUUCGUCGAAAAACCGUUAACUUAAUAGCGACAAAAAAACCGUUUAAUUAGCCUCCUCUUUGGAGCUACUUGUGAUUUUAGCGCAGCAAAACAAAACACCGUUAAUUGGGUUAUUUUUCAUUGAGCGUGUGCGACAAGGAACCAUACACCGCCAAGCGGGUUUUAUUUUGUCAACCUGCAAAAAAAAAAAAAUGUCUCUGAUUUACUUAUUUCUACUAAUUGCCAGUAGCCAAGGCAUUUUAGGCCAUGCCUGGAAGCCCAUAGUGGGCCAUUUACCGCCGGCCACCUCAACGAUAAGUGGUUCCAAGGCAACCUCAGCCACAUUUACAAGUUCGUUUAGUCUGCAGCAAUCGCAUCCUGAAUAUGGCAGCAAGGCAGGAUAUGCCAGCGGCGGCGAAGCAGCUGUGGUGGCCACGCCCAUUGGUGGGCCCAAGGAAUUACUGAUCAAAGAAAUACCCAGCCUACCAGUGGCUGAGCCCGCAGAGGAGGCCAUACCGCUCAAGUCCACAAUUAAAACCUUUGCCACUGCCGCUCCGGCUGCCAUUAAUUUCGGGGAUGCUAGAUUUGGUUAUAAGGGGGCUGUGGCAUAUAGUGAGGACCAGUGUUCGGUAAAGAAAUACGCCUUCAAUCACGAUGGCAUUGUGGAGUACGACAAUGAGGUCCCGGAACUAGCCCAAUUUACCAUUUGUUUCUGGAUGCGUUUUACCAAUCACAGUGGUGACCAUGUCGUUUUAACCUAUGCAGCUGAAGAGGGUCACCGUGACUUCCAAUUCUGGGUGGCGAAUGCAAAAAAUUCCAGUUUCAUCUCCAUGGCCAUAAAAGGCCAGCAAGUGUACAGACUCAACUAUCCAUUGCGCGUCCGCCAAUGGCAUCAUACCUGUACAUCAUGGAAUGGCAAAACUGGUGAAUGGCAGGUCUGGCUAAAAGCCGAACGUAUUGGAAGAGGUUUUCACAAUUCGCUGGUGGGUCACAAAAUCCCUCCCAAAGGAAAACUCUUCUCUGGUGGCCCCUCGGUGACUGGAAAAAUCUCGGAAGGUCUGCACUUCGAGGUGACACUUAUACAAAUCUAUCGUGUGGCCCUGAGUGCUGGCAAGGCCCAUAGAGAUCACAAACAUCAUCAUGCCCAUCAUUUCGAUCAUGAGGGCAAGGAAAUACAUCCCACGACGAAGAAGCCACCAGUGAUCAACCGUCCUUUGCCUAUGCAUACUCUAUUGGCCAAUGGCCAAAUACCCACCAGGGUGCGUAUUAAUUUGGCCCAACCUCAGACGGGUGUUGCUGCCAAUGAUAUUCUCCCCAAUCCCACCACAGCUGCCGAACAAGCCCUUACCAUACACACGAACUUCAUUAAUGGUCAAAUCAAUGCCGGUUCUCGGUUGGUGGCCCAACAAUUGAUUGGCCUGAAUCAGAAAUAUGGCCCCCAAGCUGCCCAAACUGUAAAUCGCCAGGCCAUCAUUGAUCCAAACAAUCCAGGCAAGGUGAAAUUCGUUGACGAAACCGAGACCCACAUACUCUUCAAACGCGACAUGAUGAGUGGCCAGAAAACGGAGGGCAAGGAGAAGAACGUGCAAAAACGGGGCCUGGUAUUUUUGGAUGAUGGCAGUAUUGUGGAUGAUCCCCUAAUAAGGGGAGCCGAUGUCUUGAAAUACGAUGGCCUGGCUGUGUUUGGUGGCCAACAGUUCAAGGAGGAGUUGAGCGGCAUCAUGAAUGUGGAAGAUGAAAUCACCGAACAUGAUCGUGAACCCGCCGAGGAAGAGGUAAAGGCUGUCAUGGCUCUGUGUGGGGCCUGUGAUGUGGAGCCCUUCCAGGGUGCCAUCGUUUUUGCCUGGAAAAAUGCCCGAGAACAUCUGAACAAUGCCCUGCAGGGUUACAGUGUCGGACGAUGUGGCAAUUUUUAGUUGAAUUCGGAAUGAGUUUUAGGUUUUAAUUAAUUUUCGGGUUAAGAAAUAGUUCAUUGUAUUUGUAGCCACUAGUCAGGUUAAUGAAGGUCAAAAUUUUACACAAACAACAAAAAAGAAACAGAAAUGACUCGGGGUCCACCACAUGAAAUGCAAUUAUUUUAUUUUAUUUAAUAAUAAUUAUUAAUAAA